AAUGGUCAACUGUCGUUGAUGGUCAUUCUUGUGGUGAUGGAGUUCAACAAGUUUAUUGAACAUGGUGGUUGUGUUAUUGGAAGUGAUAGGUGGUUGAGGUGUGGUGGUGGUGAUUUGGUGUGUUAGGGGGGUUUGUGGUAUGAUUGGUUGGGAUGUGGUUGGGAUAUUGCUGGGUUGGCCCAUGUCGGCUGGCAAUGUUAGGGUGGAGGUGGUUUGGGCUGAGGUUGGGAUGGCAUUUGGGGACUGGAUUGGGGUACUUGUAGGCUGGAUCUGGGUGGAGGUUGUGGUUGUGUCCAUUGUGUCAACAGGUGGGGUGAAUUGUGGGAGAGUGGAAAUCAAAUUGGGUUGGUUGAUAUGGUGGAUGGUGAGUCGGAUGUUGUGUUGGUGAAUAGGUUGUUCUCAAAUUCUGGGUCUGAUAGAAUGAGCAAACGUUGUAGCCCCUCUAAUUCAAAUUGAAAUUGAGUAUGACUUUGGUCAGUGUCCAUUUUGCAAUUUGUCUGGAUGGAAGUCUUCUAAUAUCCCGAUAAAUGGAAUUGGGUUACAAUAUGAAUGAAUGUGUUGCAGUGUUUUGCCUGGACAUGGACCUCAUAUAAGUCUUUGUGAGGUUGGAUAUAGAACAGGUUUGUUGAUAUGGUAAAGUGAUUAUGAAUCUGUUAAUAUGUUUAUUAUUCGAUUCAUUGUUCAACCCAUGUGGCCAUUAUUUAUUAAUUUACCAGGAGAUCUCUCGAUACUUAACUUUUUCCUGCCAAUACAUAGCAAUUUGUUGUUUGUUUUUUAGAAUUGGAUCAAAAAGGUGGUUGCAGGUAUUGCUGGAAUGCUGUGAAAUGGCCCUGCUGGAACAUUCUAUUGGGUGAACAUCAAAUGAUGUGUGGAGUGAAAUGAAAUUUCGAUUCAAUGUGACUGAUAGAAUUGGAAUGGUAUAGAUAAUGAUGAUUUUAGUGAAUUAUGUUAUGAUGAUGCGUGGACUGUGAUGAUGUUGGUGAAGCUUGAUUAAUAACAUAGAUAUAAAGUGAUGAUACUGGUGAUAUAUGAAAUGUAAAAUGAUAUGAAAUAUAAGUGAUACAUAAGUCUGAACAUUCAAGCUAAAAUGAGACAUGAAUAGUAAAACUGUGACGUGUAUGACUCGAUUGAUUGUUUUUGUGAAGAUCGCGCAGGCAUAACCCGGGUGCGUUUAUAAUGUGAGAUGUAUUGUGAUGAUGCCAAGACCUGGGUGAAUGCCAAUGUAUCGCCACCCAGGUCAAGUCCCAUGUGUUUUGUGUUCAAAACUAAGGUUAUGUUCUCAUCAGGCUCCAAGCAUAACCGGGAAAGCACGUUUCGACCCCGCUAGCUGGUCUUGGAACUACGUGCUUGCAUAUAUAUAUUCAUUUCUGUUCCUUUGAUGAAUUAUACAUGUUUUGCGCGAAAAAAUCUGUUGAUUAUUUCGUCUAGGAACAGUGUGAAUGUUAGUUGAAUUUGGUAUGUGUGCUUUGUGGUGGGUGAAAAUUAUAUGAUUCUAAUGCGUGAUGUGUUGUCUUUUGGUUUCGGAAUGUCAAAAUUGAAGUUUACUUACUCGUAUAACUGUGGUGAACCGUACUCUGCGUGUAGGCAAGGCGAAAAGGAAUUCUUGGGAGGAGAGGGGUUCUAAAAUUACGCACGGGGGGGGGGGAAGACGAAUCCUAAAAUGUAGGGGGUUUGAUUAGGGUGGGCUUAGUUAGGGUAGGGUUAGUUGAUAGGGUAGGGUUUGGAUUAUAAGGGUUGGGAAUAAGUUUUUGGAUUAAGGUUCCGGUGGGGAUUGGGUUAGGUUUGGGAUUACUGCUCAGAAUAGUGGAUUGAAAAGUGUUGAAUAGGGAGUGGGCCUGGGAAGUUUCGAGUGGGUUGGGUGUAUCGAUGUUGUGUGAAUGUGUUUCUGAUGAAAGUGGAAACAUCGGUUGAAAAUAAUAUUGAAAGUUGUUUCAAAUGGAUAGCGAAGGAUAUAUUGAUGUUUUGAUAGCUUCGUGGCAGAGUUUGUGACAGAAGAUUUUUUGCCACAAAUUUGUCUUCCGUCUACUUCUCGUUCUUUGAAAGGUGAACGAUAGUUCGAAAUGGAUGUGACGGUGGUGAGUGUUAAGUAGUGUGAACGCUCCGUGGCACAGUUUGUGACAAAAAGUUUUCUGCCACGAAAUUUGUCUGUCAUUUUUAUGUUUUGAUAUUUGCUCUGUGGCCGUUGUUUGUUUUUUAGAAUUGGAUCAAAAAGGUGGUUGCAGGUAUUCAGAUCCUGGAAUGCUGUGAAAUGGCCCUGCUGGACCUGUUGGAACAUUCUAUUGGGUGAACAUCAAAUGAUGUGUGGAGUGAAAUGAAAUUAAAUUUCGAUUCAGUGUGACUGAUAGAAUUGGAAUGGUAUAGAUAAUGAUGAUUUUAAUGAAUUAUGUUAUGAUGAUGCAUGGACUGUGAUGAUGUUGGUGAAGCUUGAUUUAUAACAUGGAUAUAAAGUGAUGAUACUGGUGAUAUAUGAGUUGUAAAAUGAUAUGAAAUAUAAGUGAUACAUAAGUCUGAACAUUCAAGCUAAAAUGAGACAUGAAUAGUAAAACUGUGACGUGUAUGACUCGAUUGAUUUUAUCUUAAUAUAUAUAUAUAUAUAUUUAGAUUGUAUCUUAAUAAUAUAUAUAUAUAUAUAUAUAUAUAUAUAUAUAUAUAUAUAUAUAUAUAUAUAUAUAUAUAUAUAUAUAUAUAUAUAUAUAUAUAUAUAUAUAUAUAUAUAUAAAUUUAGAGGUAAGCGAAAUUCUAUAUUAAUUUUGCUCUAGCUUUAUGGUAUUGAGCACUCUUUGCGUUUCGUUUACAUAAACCUACUCGUAUAUAUAUUUAUUAUAUGAGUAUUGAAUUUUAUACGCGAUAAAGUUGUCGAAUAAAAACCAUAUGCCUAAAAUUUCUGAGGAUCUCAUUGGACAUACGACAUUCGCCACUAGUGAAGAACGUCGUAUUACUCCUGAGCCUUCUCAUUGGACGUACGGAAUUUGUCACUAGUGAAUAAUUUCGUAUUUACUUUUCCCGCCGCGCCACUGGCGUACAAGAAAACAAAAAAUCAGUUUUUUUAGAUGUCCGUUCGACUUUUGAUUUGAAAUGGCUUCACGCUUCGCAGAGACACCAUCCGUAAGCGAAUUCAUUGAACAACAGGAGAAUAAUAAUACAAGAAAUAAAACACUGCAGGACAUUGGACUUCUUCAACAAUUUCUAUCGUCGAAAAAUGAAUUGCGAAGGAUCGAGGACAUUUCCGUAGAGCAACUUAAUGAAUACCUGAGCGAAUUUAUUAUUUCUGUUCGAAAGAAAGAAGACCAGGGAGAAUAUGAACCUAGUUCCCUUCGUUCUAUGUUUGCCAGCUUCGAGAGGUAUUUGAAGAAAAAGAAUGGGUUUAGUAUCAUGAUGGAUAAGAGCUCUGAACGUGCCCGAAAAGCUUUGCAAUCAAAACAAAAAGAGCUCAAGCAAAAAGGAAAAGGGAACAAACCGAACGCUUCCGUUGCUCUUAGCGAAGAUGAAGUCAAACUGCUUUACGAGAAAGAACUUUUGGGAAUUUCGAGUUGCGAAGCGUUGCUAAACACGGUUUGGUUUAACAAUACUAUUCACUUCGGCCUUCGUGGUUGCAAAGAACACCGAGAUAUGUGCUGGGGCGACGUAAAACCACGCAAGAACGCGAAUGGAGAGGAAUAUUUAGAGUAUUUUGAGCGACAGACGAAAACACGUACAGGAGACAACCCAAGAGAUGUUAGAAAAGUAACGCCAAAAAUGUAUGCUAUCCCCACAAAUUCGCCGGAAAAAGAUCCUGUCUUUGUUUACAAGUUCUACGCAGAAAAACGUCCGAAUGAAAUGAAUACAAACGAAGCACCGUUUUACCUCGCCGUAAACCACUGCAAAAAGGUUUCAUCUGAUAAGUCUUGGUUUAAAAAAUCUGCUAUUGGUGUGAACACACUAAAUUCGCUGAUGAAAAGAAUGGCUGAGAAAGCUGGCCUUGGUCCAAACAUCAGCAAUCAUAGCGGGCGAAAAACGAUGAUGCAAACUUUGACCAACAACGAUGUUCCUCCCACAGACAUAGUUCAACUUUCUGGGCAUAAGAAUUUGCAAAGCGUUACGAAUUAUUCAACCGUAAGCCAAAACCAGCAAAUGAAAAUGUCUCGAGCCUUAGCGAACUUGGCGACUUGCAAAGAGUCCUCCACUUCGAGUAUUAGCGAACAAAAGCCAAACCGGGAAGUCGAACACCAACAACAACAACAAGCAAUGGCUUUGUUUUCUGGCGCGGUAAUCCAAGGAGGUCACAUAAACAUUUCGAUAAACAGUUUAAAUCAGUCUCCAGUAGCAGUGACAGAAGAUGUGUCGCCACAAAAAUACAAACGAAUAAGAUUAAUUGAGUCUGAUUCAGACUAA